AGCAGGUCAGUGUGUCCUGCUAUUUGUGUAACAGCGCGUCUUUUAACGUGCUCCAGUGAAAGAACAGUUUCUCUUGUCUUCUAUUGAGCUAAUUACGUUUCUUUGACUCCUUCCCCCUCCCCUUCCCAAAAAUCUUCGAUAUCGGUAUUUGUUUCUGUUAGCUUGUUCGCCAUCAAAAGAAAAGUAAAGGAAUAAUGUAUUUUCCCCAAAAGAAUAUGCGGCUUACAUUUGUUGGAACCGGCGUGUCGUGUGCUGUUCCGGUGAUUGGCCACCUAACGACUCGAUGCGCGUGCAGGGACGCCAUCCGACACCCAGACGGCCCCAAUCGGCGCAACAACGUUGCACUUCUCAUUUCACUUCCGUUUCCAAAGAAAUCCUCCACGUCAGCAAAAAAGAACGAGCGUGCUGACGGCAGCGACGAGAUGGAGUGGCACCACGUCUUGAUUGAUUGCGGGAAAACGUUCCGCAAUGCGUACCUACGUGUGUUGGCACCGAUGCAGGUGCGUUUUGUAGAUGUACUGCUGCUCACUCACGGCCAUGCCGACGCCAUGCACUGUGUGGAGGAGCUAUGCGGCAUGCAGGCGGAGGCGGCGCGCGACUUUAAGGCAUCCGCGUCACCUGUCUCAUCCCACCAGGCGGCCGACGAGCUUCUUGGCGGCGAGGAUGUAGUGCGUGAAAUUCCACGCCCUCUUCGGCGCAUCCCGACCUACCUCACCUAUCCCACCCUCGAGCAGAUUGAGAUGGUGUCGUGCGACCUUGCGCGGUCGAGCUUCCACAUAGGCCCGGCCCCGACGUCACGGGAGGCCUAUGCGCAGGCGCUGCGCGAAACGGACAACGCCAUCUCCUCAUACGUCGCCGAGACGUCCGUCUUUAAUGCGCCGUCCACCGUCAUGGAUUUGUUCUUUAUGAAUGAAGCAGCCCCGCAGCGUAUCUUCGUCCCCAUCGGGCCAUUCACAUCGCAGUUGCCUUUAGAAUUCGCCGGGUCCGAAUCAUCAGUGGCGUACGCACCGCAGUCGGCCGCAACGAGGGUAGAUGCGGAGCUGCCGUUUUACUCCUUCCCUGUAGAGCACGGACCUCAGUACAUCUCCAUGUGCUUUGCCUUUGGACGUGGCACCGCGUUCACGAGUCAUAAACGCGAGAGCGCGUCAGCAUCAUUACAGGAGGGCAGUUGCGUGGUGUACAUGUCCGACGUAAGCGCCAUUCCGGCAAAGUCGAUGGCGUUUCUGUUCGACCUGGUAAAGAUCGACGUACUCAUCUUGGAUCUCUUGGCGGAGCACGGGUCUCCCUCCGCUUCGCAUUACUGCGCCGAUGAAGCCAUUCCGAUGGUGGUGCAGCUCGCCCCGCGCAAGACGUACUUUGUGGGCAUGUUCUGCAGCCUGGAACACAAGAGUACGAACCAGCAGCUAGCGCAGGAGCUGGCGGACUUGAAAGCGCAAGUGCAGAAGGAACUGGCGACGUUGUCCGCGCAGGAAGCGGACUCACCAGAGGUGGCGGCGCAGUGCGCUAGGAAGCGUCGGUUUUUGGAAGAGACGGUUUCGAUGGAACUUGCCUACGACGGACAGCAGCUCGACAUAGCCCCAUAA